GGAGCGCGGGCAGUGAGUGGGUGCAGGUCCGAGUUCUCAUGCCCGUUUCCGCUUUCCGGAGCUCUGACUUGUUGACCAUUUUCUGUCCUGUUCCUGUAUGACACAGAGAUGUUAACGAUACAGAGAACUGUACGUUUCGCCAGUAGGACCCGUCUCCUCAGAGCCGGGAGCUCUUUGAGAUGUGGGUAGGUGGCCGGCUGCAAGGCCCCCAGGAAGGGCCAGUCCCCACCCUGGCGUGUGUUCUUACUCCGUAAAACCUCACCCACGUUUGGGGCUUGACGUGGUUUGUCGUAGAGAAGGAGCCAAAGUAGUUUGUGUCCCAAGGGAUUGAUGGGUCUUAAAAUGCGAGUAUUUGUUUCAUUCGGAGAGCAUUUCUGUGAGUUCUCCACUGGGGUCCCAACGCUUUGGUUAGAGGAGAACGAGACCGCUGUGGCCGCAGGACGAGUAGAGGACUCGGUGGUCUUUGAGGACGUGGCCGUGGACUUUACCCUGGAGGAGUGGGCUCUCCUGGACUCUGCUCAGAGGAAGCUCUACCGCGAUGUGAUGCUGGAAAACUUGAAAAACCUGGCCUCAGUGGAUGAUGAGACUCAAUUUAAGGCCAAUGGGUCAGUUUCUCAGCAGUAUGCUUAUGGGAAUAAAAUAUCCAAGGAAAACAAAUUGGCAAAGUUCACCAGAAAUGAAUCCUGGGCCUCUGUUUUAGGGAAAAUUUGGGAAGAACUUAGCAUGGAAGAUCAGCCUGCAAACCAGGGGAGACAGUUGAGAAAUCCUGUGAUGGAGAGACUCCCUGAGUAUAGUGAUCAGUACGGGGAAGGCUCUGGUCAGAUUCCAAAUCUUAAUCCGUAUGAGAAAGCCCUUCACAGAGUUCAGCAGGAUGGAUGCGGUGCGUCUGAGAAAGUCUUGGUGCAUCACUUGUCCCUCAAGAGUCACGUCGCCGUGCACACUGGACACAGAACAUAUCAGUGUCAGGAGUGUGGGCGGGCCUACAGCUGUCGUGCACAGCUAAGAAUGCAUGUGAGAACCCACAAUGGAGAGAGAACCUACGUGUGUAAAUUAUGUGGAAAAGCCUUUCCUCGUACCUCUUCCCUCAAGCGGCACAUACGGAUUCACACGGCCGAGAAAACCUACGAGUGUCAGCAGUGUGGGAAAGCCUUCGUUGACUUGUCAAGUCUGACCAGUCACGUGAGGACUCACACUGGCGAGAAGCCCUAUAAGUGUAAGGAAUGUGGGAAAGCCUUCAGCUACUCGUCAACUUUCCGGAGACACAUGAUAACGCACACUGGCGAGAAGCCCUAUAAGUGUAAGGAAUGUGGGGAAGCCUUCAGCUACUCGUCAACUUUCCGGAGACACAUGAUCUCACACACUGGGGAGACACCACAUAAAUGUAAGGAGUGUGGGGAAGCCUUCAGUUACUCCUCCGCUUUUCGCAGGCACAUGAUCUCACACACCGGAGAGAAGCCCUAUGAAUGUAAACAGUGUGGGAAAACCUUCAUUUACCUUCAGUCCUUCCGGAGGCACGAGAGGAUCCACACCGGAGAGAAGCCCUAUGAAUGCAAACAGUGUGGGAAAACCUUCAUUUAUCCCCAGUCCUUUCGAAGGCACGAAAGGACUCACGGUGGACAGAAGCCCUACGAGUGCGGCCAGUGUGGGAAAGCCUUCAGCCACCCCUCGUCCUUUCGCGGGCACAUGAGGGUGCACACUGGCGAGAAACCUUACGAAUGCGGUCAGUGUGGCAAAACCUUCAACUGGCCCAUCUCCUUACGAAGACAUAUGAGGACGCACACCAGAGAGAAGCCCUAUGAGUGCAGACAGUGUGGGAAAGCCUUCAAUUUGUCCGCGUGCUUUCGAGAACACGUGUGGAUGCGUCCAGGAGACAGAGCCUACCAGUGCAAGCUGUGUGGCAAGGCGUUCCACUGCCACGUGUCCCUGCAGAAGCACAUGAGGCGGCACGCCGCGGAGAAGCUCUACGCGUGCGAGCGGUGCGGGAAAGCGUUCAGCCGGCCCGAGCUCCUGCAGCAGCACGUGAGAACGCACACCGCCGAGAAGCCCUACGCGUGCAAGGAGUGCGGGAAGGUCUUCAAGUGGCCGUCGUCCUUGCCGAUUCACAUGAGAGUGCACACUGGAGAGAAGCCCUACGAGUGCAAGGAGUGCGGGAAGGCCUUCAGUUGUUCCUCCUCCCUAAGACGACAUGUGAGAAUCCACGCUACCCAGAGACACUACUUCUGUAACGCGGGAGAUUCUGCAGAUGGAUUCAUGCCCCAGGCUGCAGGAAACCCACACCAGGAGCGAAAUCUGAUGAAAGUUGUAAAUGUGGUGCUGCCUUUGUGAGAACCCCAUCAAAGCAGACCCGUGGGGCGUGCGUUUCCAGUUCUUUUCAGAUAAAAAAUGAGGUGCAGAAUAGCUCUCCAAGUACUCUUUUCAGCUGUCCGACAUGUGUUUGCAGGUACCGUGUUUCCCCCUACGUUUCAGUAAAUAAACCUUCCGUCUUUACAGUUU